AAUACCUUCACAACGUAGACGUGUUUGUUUAGUUUUUUGUUUUUGUAUUCGUGGAAUUUUUUUAGUUUUGACGUGUCCAGCUGCCAAAGAUACUGAUCCGCUAAAAUUUUUUGUAUAGAUAUUUUUAUGAGGCAAAAUCUACAAGAAAAUUAUUGGCUAUAAUGUUUAAGACAAUUAUCACAUUUUGUAUAUUGUUUGGGGUCAGUGUGAAUGCCCAACGCGUUGCUCCCGGCGUCCCACCGCAACACUAUCAACAACCUGUUCAACAUCAGCAGCCACCUCCACAUCCGCAACAGCAACAAUACCAACAACAGCAAGUACAUCCUAAUCAACUGCCACCAGGUGUUAACCCACAACAAUAUCAACAACAACAACAGCAAGCUCAAUACCAACAACAACAACAAAUGCAUGUCCAGCAACAACAAGUGCCGGUUCAUCAGCAAGUACCAGUUCAACAAGUUCCAGUUCAGAAUAUACCCGUUCAUCAGCAAGUUCCAGUUCAACAGGUUCCAGUACACCAGCAGCAGCAACAACAACAACAAGUACCUCAAGGACAUGGUGGUCAUCAUGCACCACAUCAUGCAGGACACGCCAACCAUGGACAAGUGUUAAAUGCAGCCAAUAUUCAAAAUGAAAAAGAGCAUAUUCAAGAGCAUUUGCAUGUACCAAUCGAUACCAGCAAAAUGUCCGAAGCCGAAUUGCAAUUUCAUUAUUUCAAAAUGCACGAUUCCGAUAACAACAACAAACUAGAUGGCUGUGAAUUAAUCAAAUCCUUAAUACAUUGGCAUGAGCAAGGCAGUAAGGAGGGUACUGAUGGUCAACAGCCUCAUGUGGAGGAAAAAAUUUUCACCGAUGAAGAGCUGGUGGCUUUAAUUGAUCCCAUCUUGCAAAUGGACGAUUCUUCGAAAGAUGGUUACAUAGACUAUCCAGAGUUUAUGAGGGCCCAACAGAAAUCACAACAGCAACAACAGCAGCAGCAACAACAACAACAACCACAAAUACAACAGACAUAAUUGGCUCCAUUAUGUGUGAUUUCUAAUACUUAGCAUCUUCCCUUUUUCCCUCAAAAUUUGUGUUUCUUAUGUACCUUUCUUGUUUAACUUGGAAAUCUCCACGACCCCUAUCUCCCUUACUUAACAAUUCCAAAUUGAUAGCUCCAUUUUUCGAAUAUCUAUAUAUAUUUUUUUACACAAUCUUUAGUGUUUUAUUCUCUAUUUUUUUUUUAUUUCAUUCAUAAGUUUUUAGGUUCUUUUUCUACUUUAAAAAAAAUGUUAAAAAUGACUGAUUUAAAAAGCUCAGUUUAAGAAAUUUGAACAAAAACAAAAGAAAAUAAUAAAAAAAAUGUGCAAUUGUUAAAACAAAUGCAUUAAAAACGAACAACCACAACAAACAAACAAACAAACAAAACGAAUAAAGUUGAAAUGACAUUUUAUGAAAGUA